CACACACACGCACACACAAGCACACACAAUGCAUAAACCAGCCGGCAGUUCAACCCUCAUUUCUCCAGGACAAGACAUGAGGCUGCAGCUGUCGAUGUGAUGGCAGUAUAGCCAUGGAAGAUGCUGUCAACUGUUUUGACUCAGCCAGACAGACCAGACAUAUCCUUGGAAUAGAAGUGAGACGGGGAACCCUGAUGUGAACACGACAGACCAGCAAGAAAAUGAUCACUUCUAAGUUACGCUGUACAAGACCCAUAUGGAUCACAUUUGGGAAGUUUUUGAAUUAAUCCUUUAAGAGACGUGAUUAUUAUAAAUCACCCACAGUUUGAAUCCAAACUUAUCUUUGCAAGAGGGUGCCUUGUUAAAACAGACAUAAUGUCACAAACUUAAGUCCAGCAAUGUUGUCAAAAAUAGCAGUAGGUCUCAUCCUGACCCUCCUCAUUCUCCUGACAAUAAGCGGCAACAUUCUGGUGUGCCUGGCAGUCUGCGCCUCCAGACGCCUCCGGUGCCUCACCAAUUGCUUCAUCGUGUCGCUGGCUGUGACCGACCUCCUCCUGGGCCUGGUCGUCCUCCCCUUCUCUGCUCACCUGCAGCUCACCAACGACUGGCCGCUAGGUCCGGUCUUUUGCAAUUUCUACAUCUCCAUGGACGUCAUGCUGUGCACCGCUUCCAUCCUCACCCUCCUGGCCAUCAGUGUGGACCGCUACUUGGCAGUGACCAUGCCCCUCAGGUACACCUCACUGGUGCUGCCUUGGAAGGUAGUAGUGGCUAUGGCGAGCGUCUGGACCGUGUCGGUGGCCGUGUCGUUCUUGCCCAUAUACAUGGGGUGGAACACGGUGAAUGGGACCGUGCAAAACUACGGGGCGCGUGUUCCCGAGAGGACGUGCCGCUUCGAGCUUAACAGGCCGUACGUUUUAACAGAUUCCCUUCUUACCUUCUACCUGCCUCUGCUGGCUAUGUGCUGGACAUACCUCAGAAUACUUCGCAUUGCUCGGGCACAAAUUAAGCGCAUCAUCAGCGCUCGCCCUACAUGCGUCACCAGCUACAGCUGCAGGAGUAACCAAUCAACCAUCACCACUGUGGUCUCAAGUAUCCCAGCGUCGGCCCUAAGGGAGCACAAGGCCACAGUGACACUGGCGGCAGUCAUAGGGGCUUUUGUGGUCUGCUGGCUGCCUUAUUUCAUCCUCUUCACAGCGCUGGGCCUGCAAGAGCACCCCGACCCCAACAAGGUGCCACAGUUCUCCAUUGUCCUGUGGUUGGGUUACACCAACUCCGCCCUCAAUCCCAUCCUCUAUGGCGCACUGAACAGGGACUUCAGGUCGGCCUACGCUCACCUAUUGAGAUGCCGGUGGCCCACUUACAGCGCGUGGAGGUGCAGGCAUCCUUCUGCCACUGUGACAACAGCAGCCAGAGAACAGCUCAUGGAGGUGACGCUGCUGUGUGGACACACGCCCAACAGCUGCAGGGCAGGUCACAUGGAUCAGAACUUGAUGCUCCAAGAAACAAACAGAAAAACAAACUCAGCCAUAAUUCAGAUUGCAAUUGGUGCAACUGACACAGAUGUCGAAGGCAACGACGGCCCCUCCUGUUCCAGCCCAGCAGCACCAAAUGAUAAUAUAAAUACAUUUAAUAAGGUCAAAUUCAAAUAAGACAACAAGAGAAGUAUCCUACACUUCUCUUUUGUAAAGUAAAUCUGAACAGGCGAUAUGGGCAUCUACAUCAACCAUAUGAUUUGCCUGAGAAACUGGACAGGACCAAAAAAAAAUGUGAUUGAUUGUGGGAGCCCACCAUGACAGAAUAUUAGCCGCCACACUUUCACUAUUACUUUUUUUUUACGUGAAAAUAAGUUAAAGUUAAGGUAUUGUAAUGUCCAGAAGAAGACAGAACAACGCUUUUUUGGCUUUUAUUGCCAAUCUUAUGCUAACAACAGGCACCGUUCCAGCAAGUAAUUUCUCUCUGGCACUCACCGAGUGUGGACGCUACCCUUUCCUCUCCUGCUUGCUUCUUUGUUUUGUCUUGUCUUAACUUUCUUGUUGCCUCUUUUUGCACUGCUCUCCAAUUCUAAACAUCGGAACUAUUUAACUGGCCUCAACAAAAUGGACAGGAUCUUGGGUUUGGGGUAACCUGCUGUCGUGACGAAGCGGUUGUUGCUGGACACACGACGGACUCUUGGGAGAAGAAGGAGGGCCGCGUGCCUGGCGACCCUUUUCUGUCGACGACGUGAAGAUAUCCACCUAUUCGAAAUUAUGACAACAGGACAUCUGCUGAUUGGAGCAAGCGUUGCUCUGGUUUGUCGACAAAGUGGAAGAUGCUGGCAGUGUUCAAAGUACCCCAAAGCUGCCACAAAUGAUUGGAGGAUGCGGGAAGAACUGUGGAUUACAUCGGACUGUCUACCCCGCAGUUUUUGAGGACCAGUCAUAGACAAUUUUAGAGAGAAAAGCACAUUUAAUUUCACUCGCAUACAAUUCAUUUUAACUUGGAUUUUUUUCCCUGGCUUCGAGACUCUCCCGAAGAUCACUUCAGGAUGACACAACAAUCUCCGUUUUUCGUCUCUCAUGGACACACACCCGUUGUGAAUUUUGGACUAGCAACGGCAAAUACAUCAAGGCCGCGGAACAGAGACAUGCUAUGGGCUUAUACACACACACACACAUCCACAAAAAAAAUAUACGCCACACAUACGCCCUCCUGUCCCCCAAUCCAACGCCCGCGACGCUAAUCCCGUAGGGGUGAUGAAUGGAUGGUCAGCGCCUGAGAGCUGCGACCUACCACCAUGACCUUGAACUACCUUCCCUCUGUUGCUAGAUAUCGCGAGAUGUAUCUUGUAAUAUGUAUGUUUUUUUCUCACUCCGAACAGGGCCCCCUUAGGAGCCCAGUCUGGAUUGUAUUUUUUUACUCAUCCUUCCCCAGCGUUGACUUUUUUCCCAUCUUUAUGGCGACGCAUCAGCGUUCUUGUUCUGUAACACUGUACACUGUUUGUCUAAUCUUGAACAAGUUUGUACUGAAAACAAAGUUUCAUUGUACUUGUUGCAAUGACAAUAAAGACCUACCUACCUACCUA